AUGAGUCGAGUAUCCCUCUUCUUCUCGACCCGACGAGGCCUUGAGGGCCCCCUCCUCAAGGAGCUUCAGGCCCUCCCCUGCUUGGCCAAGCUCCCUCCAGCUGUCGCUCGAACGCCUUCAAAAGUUUCACCGGAAGGAGCACUCGCUGCAGCAGCGGAAACGCCUCCUGGAGCAGCAGCCAAGGAGCGCCAUGCCCUGCAUGAAGGCUCUGGGGCCAUGCAGUUUGUGAUGUCACCCGGGGGCGUAUUCCUUCCCCGCAUCCCGAUUCGUCUUGUGCAGGAGCUUUGCUGUAGCGUCCGGACAGCUGAGUGUGUGUGGCUCCGACUGUGGGGCCCCCUGCGUUGUAGCACCCCGGAGCAUCUGCAGAGCGCCCUCAGGAAGAUCCCGUGGCAGAAGGUAAGGGGCUCUCAUAGAAAUUUCCCUCCAGAAAUAGGACUCUUACAGGUGUCGAUGUUUGAGUAUAGUAGAAGGGAGGGAUUUGGCCUUCGUCUCCCUCUAGGGGCUGAGCUACUAAACCUGCAGCGAGAGCCGCCUGCACCUUGUUCUCCGUGGCGAUAUCCCACGGCGUAUGUGUGCCGCUCCAUCGACGGCUUUUUGCACUCACAUUGUCUGCUGGCGCUGCUGCAGUACAUUAGCCCGCUGGCAGCUCUGCCGCUCUUACCGCUGCGCGUUGCCUCCGUGAAUUCGCCAAUUGUGGACAGCCCCUCUCUACGGGCUGCCCUCCGUACUGCUCUCGAAGAAGCCGCGAGCGCCGGCUGCACAUCAGCAGCGUCACCUUCAGGAGCCUCUGGGGUAGCUGCUGCUGCUGCAGAGACAGCCCUUGUUGCAGCCACGCACAGGCUUCGAAUCGUGUGUGUGAAGGAGCGAGCUUUAGCCGACUUACAGCUCUCUACGCCCUUGGACCCUCGGCCCUAUCGAUACCUUCCACACCUCCCUGCUGCAGCGGCAGCAGGCACCUCGCAGCGUCCAGACACCGCUAAGGCACCCACUGCAGUAGAGGAGCUGCAAUUCGCUGCCGCCGUUGCAGAGCUGCAGCGCAACGUCCGACGCGCAGCAGCCGCAGAUGCCCCGUGGUCUCUCUCCUCCAUUUCUGCCGAAGUUGCUGCUGCUUCGAGCUUCUACAAACCUCUUAAGCCUCUUAGCGCACCUACAGAAAGCGCCACUGCCGCCGUCCCUUCAGGCGCAUUUUCGCUGCACCAGCCCGAGCAACCGCUGCAGCAGCAAUCACAACAAGGAGACGAUGAGUUCCCAGAAGGCACUGCUGAGAGCGAUUUCAGCGCGCAUACGAGGAUCUUUUCACGGCAGCCCCUCAACAGCGAAGAAAACACACACCGGCAAGAAGAGAGGCUGGGGGCGUCGGGGAACUCAGUAGUGCUCCGGGAUAUGCUGCUGCCACGUUCUGCCGCAACCGUUUCCAUGUUGCGUCUGCUGUAUCUUAGAGGCGGCUGGGAAGCAGAGGCCCUCGCAAGCGGAGCAGCAGCAUGUGGUGCAGUGGCUGCAGCAACGAGCGAAGCGGCGGCAGCCACGGAGGGUCGGCGAGGGUAUGCUGCCUCUUGGGAAGCGCAAGGCGCACAGAUUGAGGAAGGGGACGUCUCUCUUGCCGCCGCUGUUGCUUCAGCUGGCCUUCGCAGAAUCCUGAAACGGGAGAAGCGAUUGGUGCUGUGGGAUCCUUUCUGUGGCAGCGGUGGCCUGCUGCUAGAGGCUGCUCUGCUGCUAAACGGCCUGCCACCUGCCCUGCCCGCCAUCCCUUCUGCGGGCGACAUCAUCCCUGUGCUCUCUGCUUACCGUGGCGAGCAGCAGGCACAAGAGGACGCACAAGAGCAGCAGCGUCCUCCGUUGUCGCCACAGGGGAACGCUGGGAGUCUACCAGCAGAUGCUUUUGCGCCGCUGCCUCGGGGUGCAAGCCAUGGGGUUCCCAGGAUCACUCUGGUGGGAACGGACGAGAGGCCCCUGUUGCUGCAGGCUGCGCGGCAGAGACUGCGCAACUUCUGUGGCUUUUUUUAUGACGGCCAGAUGCCAAUGGAUCUGGAGAGGCAGCAGCAUGAGCUCGAACGCGAACUGCAUCGAGAAAGGCAGCAGCACGAGCAAGAGCAGGAGCUGCCUCAGCAGGAGAGCAGCUCUCCCGGGCCCCCCUUUGCCAUGGGAUUUCAUGUGGCUUCUCCGUUCGAUGUAUCACCUUUCGUCUCGGGGGGCGUCAUCCUCACAAGGGUACCUUGCCCCAGAGAAGCUAAGGUGAGUACCGCUGCAACAGCACCGCAGGUUCAACCGCAAAACGGACUGGCCACAUACAAACAGAAGUCCUGUCGCUCCUGGAUACCUCGCCUCGAGAAUUUAACAGAUGCGCUUGAUGGCAGCACUAUGGGCCCCAAUAAAAGACUAUGCGAAAAGCUGUGUAACGAAGGGCAGACCCAUCAAACGCAUGCCAACUAA